AUGUCGGGGCAAACGCUCACGGAUCGCAUCGCCGCUGCGCAAUACCAGCUGACGGGAUCAGACAUGGCCCGGGCUGUCUGCAAAGCCACCACUCAUGAAGUGAUGGCGCCCAAGAAAAAGCACCUGGAGUACCUGGUGUCAGCCACCAACACCACCAACGUGAACAUCCCUCAGAUGGCUGACACACUGUUUGAGCGAGCCACCAACGCCAGCUGGGUGGUCGUCUUCAAGGCCCUCGUCACCAGUCAUCACAUGUGUGUCCACGGCAACGAGAGGUUCAUUCAGUACUUGGCUUCCAGGACCUCCCUGUUUAACCUCAGCAACUUUAUCGACAAAACCGGCUCUCACGGCUACGAUAUGUCUACAUUCAUCAGACGGUAUGGACGAUACCUGAACGAGAAAGCCUUCGCUUACCGCCAGAUGGCUUUUGAUUUCACCAGAGUCAAGAAAGGUGCUGAGGGUGUGAUGAGGACCAUGACCACUGAGAAGCUGUUGAAAGGCAUGCCUGUUCUGCAGACUCAGAUUGACACACUCCUGGAGUUUGAUAUUCAUCCCAAGGAGCUGAACAAUGGGAUCAUCAAUGCUGCAUUCCUGCUUCUCUUCAAGGACCUGGUCAAACUGUUUGCGUCCUACAAUGACGGAGUCAUCAACUUAUUAGAGAAAUACUUCAAGAUGAAGAAGAGUGACUGCAAGGAGGCCUUGGAGAUCUACAAGAGGUUCCUGACCAGGGUGACAAAGAUUGGAGAAUUCAUGAAGCUGGCCGAGACAGUCGGAGUUGAAAAGAACGACAUUCCUGACAUCAACUACGCUCCCAGCAGUAUUCUGGAGAGUCUGGAAACACACAUGAACGGACUGGAAGAUGUGAAGGGUGGAAAGAAGGGUGAAGGGUCUCCAACAAAGGGGUCUCCGACGAACAAUGUGUCUCCAACAUCGACUCCAGCCAAAUCUUCAAACGCUGUUCCGACUCUGCAGCCUCCUCCUGGGGAAAGUGCUGCUGCUGCUGCUGCUGCUGAGCCAGCUGAAGAUUCCUUGUUGGACCUGGAUCCACUGUCCUCCUCGGGUCCCUCAGGACAAUCAGCUGCCCCCACGUCUUGGGGAGAUCUUCUUGGAUCAGAAAUGGGCGAUUCCUUGCUAUCUGAACCCACCCUCACGGCAGAGCCCGCCCCCUCCUCUGCAGCAGCAACGCCCACUCCUGCAGCGGCAGAACCUGGAGUCUCUCUAGCUCCUCCCACUAGCACAGCAGCCGCCACCUCCACUGGCGCCGCCAAUAUGGAUCUAUUGGGAGAUGCCUUUUCAACACCUGUUCCUGCCACCGAGGCCUCUGGGGCAGCCGCUGAAGGUGGGGCCGCCGCCACGUCCACCCCUGCUGCCAGCGCUGGAGCUGAGUCCACAGGAGGAGAUGCAACAGCCGCUGCUGCUCCUGCUGCCACCGGCGCUGAGCUCAUGUCAGUAUUUGAUGGACUAGGGGAUGUAAUGAAGCCCACUUUGACCCCUCAGGCGGGGGAUGUUGACACCUCCAUGGCCAACAUGGCGAGUAAUCUCUCAAUGGGAACCUCAGCGGCACCUCAGGUAGCUCCCCCCUGUUGGGGUGCUCCCAUGUCUGGGGCACCAGGAGCUCCCAUGAUGCCGAUGGUGAGGCCAGGCUUCCCCUCCACCGGAGCAACCCCAGGAGCACCGAUGUCUCCCGGAGCGGCCCAGAGCCCCAGAAAGCCUCCACCACCGAGGAACGCUCUGGAUGACCUCAACAUUAAGGACUUCAUGUAGACGGACUGACCCUGUAAACCCCCAAGGUUUGUCAUUGUGUCUGGAGCUCUGUGGAUGUGGAUGUCUGCACUUCCC